AUGUUCACCUGCUGCCUCUUGGGUUAAGAAAAUUCAUUUAAAACGUCAGAAACCUCUUUUCACUUUAAUCCGGUUCUAAACAGAAACGAUGCCUCCUAAAAGGCGAACCAUUACGCUAAAUGAAAAGCCAGCCAGCAGUGGCACGCCAACCCUGAAAGUCAAGAGGAAGUCCGGUUUGGAGAAAUUGCGUAAAUUGUCCAAGCAUCCCGUGACGAGCACCAUGGUGUCAGAAGCGCUUAAAAAGCUCGACUCCAGAAAGGGGGUCUCCAAACAGGCAAUCCUGAACUUCAUCAAACUUAAUUACCCGGCCGCGGACCCCUCUCGCCUCAACUACCAUGUCCGGAAAGCCCUAUUGAAAGGCCUGGAGAACGGCACCUUGGUUCGGCCUGCUAACUCCACUGUCACCUCGGGGCUUAACGGCAAAUUUCGGCUUGCAAAAACCAAGGAGACCAAAGCAAAAGCAGAGAAUGUGGAUCCAAAUGUGGAAAAGGCUCCAAAGAAACCAAAGACUAAAGCUGUUGGCACAAAGAAAACUGCAGCGGAGGAACCGAAAUCUCCAAAGAAAGAGGCUACAAAGGUUUCAAAGAAAUCCAAAAAAGAAGCUCCCCCCUCCAAGGUGGCGCCAGCAAAAAAGCUGAAAGCUAGUAUGGCUGCUGAGGCUGUUGACCUUGAAGAGAAUGUGAAGACUAAAGUGAAGCCCAAAGAGGUGGAGGCUGCAGAGAAGACUAAGCCCAAACCUAAGGCGGCCAAGAGUAAAGCUGAAAAAGAACCUGCACCGAAAGCUGCUGCUAAAAGAGGGAAGAGGAAGGAUAUAGAGUGAAUCUUUUAUAUUUCUAUAUUGUCAAUAAAACUUUAACUUUUGUAGAUUUUGUCUAUUGCUUAGAUAUUGUAAAAUGCUGGUGUGUGCGUGUAUAUAUGACCAUGAUACCUUUGGGAAGAUUACCCCACCGAUACUAUUUACUGUAUUCGGGAGAUCCUAACUUUUCUGUGGUUUACUUAAGCUAAAGGUCUGGUGCAGAAGGUCUUUUUGCACUGGGGAAAGUUGCCAGUUUUCCAUUAGAAAAUGACUUGGGUGUCAUUUGCUAUCAGUUUUUGACUCAAGUAUUUACCAUUUAAUGACACCCCAUGAAUGCAGCAUUAGUGCUCCUUAUAUUAAAAUUUUCAUUAUUCCCAUUUCAUCUGAUAACACUAUAUCAAGGCCUUAUAUUAACUCUACAGUCCCCUGACUAUUUUCAAGGGAUAGAAAUCACCUUUAAUAAAGGACAAACCAAUAAAUAUGCAAAAUUUUGAGUCCCAACUGACAAAUUUUGUUACCAUGGGAUAUGUCUUAAAAUUGCUAGUCUUCAUAGUCUUUUCAGGAAAUUUGCAGGUAUUAAAGUAUUGAAACAAAGUGGCAAAGGAAAAAAUGUAAAUGUGUACCCUCUGGCGGUCAGGAGGAAUGAAAUAGAACGAAUUCUAAGUGGCCAUAAAAUGGUUUUGUUAUCAAUUUCACUUGCUGAACCCUGUAUUAACCUUGCCUCCAUUUGGGUUUACUGUACAUUUUACAAGUUUAUAAUAGAUUUGGAUUGUAAAUUAGUGCUACAGUUGCAAAUUUUCCAGUAAGCGGUUACAACACAUUUUUGAAAACCAGCUCGAUGCUGUAUUUUCCAUGACCAACCUCUAGCCACUGAGUAAUUUGACUCCAUCUGUACUUGUGUGCAUGCUGUGCUGCAAAAGUGUUUCUCUAAAUAUAUAACUGGCAUUUUCUAAAAGCUUUCUGGUACUUCUAAUUGAAAUAAUAGCAUGAAGAGUAUUUGGGCACUUGAGGUUCCAUUGGAUGCCUGUUUCACUGUAAAAUGAACAUGACUGACUCAAUUGAAUUACACCUUUUAAAAGAAUUUAUUGGACUUUAAAAAGAAAACACAAGCCUUGACUAUUUCAUUGUCACAAAAAGAAACAGUACGGAAGCACUGAGUCUUUGAGCACUUGGAGUGCUUUUCAAGUAUGUUAAGUUCAUUAAUCUUCAGCAGUAAAACUUCUAUUUGCUUGCUCCGUACAAAGUUUUUGUGAUCAUUUUGAGCCAGUGUAUGGCGCUGUUGUUAAAACGCCCAGUUCUUAAAUCGGGGAAGAUUUGGUCACAAGAUUUGAAAAGUCAAAAAGGACGAGCGGGCGGAUGGAUGGA